AUGCAAACAGUCCUUGGCUCACAAAAAAGGGCCCUUUUCAGAAAUACCGUUAAUAAAAGAUUUUUCUAUAAAUUAACCAAUUCGACUUCUGUUGAAAACUCCACUACAAACUCAAUUGCACUUCGGCCAAUUUCUCAAGAAAAUUUAUAUUAUGCUCCAUUAAAAUCAAUCAUUUACACCUGUAAAAGGUUCUAUGUUCCUGGUACUUCUUUAUUGGGUUCUAAACAGAGUUAUAAUUUAUUAAGUGAUGUCCCAACUAGAAGUAAAUUUGAAAGAAAUGCCACAGAUAAAAAUAAGAAAGAACAGAAAGAUUUAAACUUUGUUGAGGAGUCAAUUGAUUCUUUUAGUGAAAAUACCCUCACACCUUCUAAAACCCUUCCAUAUGCUUCCUUAAAUCCUGGCUCGACUACUUCGACACCUAAUCCGACCUCAUCGCCCGCUUCUAAUUCCAUCGCUCCCGAAGGUACCCCUAAUUCGGUGCCCGCUCCCGAGGGUCUCAGUUUAGGCGAAAAAAUUGGAAAAGGAAAUAAAACCGAUAAUAAGAACAAUGAUAAUGAUGACUUAGAUAAUGAGAAACUAAACAAUGGCAAACAUAAGAAGGAGGAAGAUAAACAAAAUGAUUCUGAUAAUUGGAAGAAUUACGAACAGCCCAACUCCACUGCAUAUUUGAAAACACUUUCUCGAAUGGAAAUAUUUUCAUUAGCAUUCAUUGGAUUGGUAACGUUGAAUAAAUUAAUAUUGAAUUUAGUCAUUAAAUUAUUCCCAAUCCUUCCAACACCCCUAGUUCUUUUAUUUGUUUCAAGAUUAUAUUGUGGUGGUACCACACCAAAACAAGUAUUAAAGUGUGGUAAGAAUCUACAAAAAAGGGGCAUCUCAAACAUGAUGCUGUCAUUAACUAUUGAAAAUUCUGAAGGUGAUAAAACUUUCAACACUGAUACAAUCGUUGAACAGACUAUCGAAUCCAUUCAUACUAUUCUGAAACCAAAUUUACUUGAGCAACUGAAUUCUUCAACUCUGGCAGAUGUUAAUGACAUUGCUCCUGGAUAUUUAGCAUUGAAACCUUCUGCUUUGAUUGAAAAGCCAAAGGAGGUACUUUUAAACUUUGGCAACAUUCACAACAAAUAUUGGCAACAACAACGUAGAAAAUUGAUUGAUAACUGUUCUAAAAUUAAUCAAAUUAUCUUUGAUUUAAAUAAGGAGUUAUUAAAGAAGUAUCCAACCAGAAAAUCACCAUUUUUCGUUUGUACGAUUGAUGCUGAAAAAUUUGAUUUACAGACUAAAGGUGUUUAUCAGUUACAAAGAAUCUUAAUGAAAAAAUUUAAUUCAACUUCUUCUCCGAUAGUGUCUUGUAUUGGAACUUGGCAAUUAUACCUAAGACAUUCUGCUGAACAAAUUGAAAUGGAAAAAAAACUAGCUCAUGAAAACAACUAUAAGUUAGGUUUAAAAAUUGUUAGAGGUGCUUAUAUGCAUUCUGAAAAAGAUAGAGCUUCUAUUAUUCAUGAAACAAAAUUUGAUACAGAUGUUAAUUAUGACCAAAUAAUGACUAAAAUUAUGGCAGACAUGACUGAGAAGAACGAGGAAUCAAGUUUUGGUCAUUUAAUAGUUGCUUGUCAUAAUUAUAAAUCACAAAUAGUUGCCACACAAAUUUUGGCAGAUAAGAAAGAUUGUGAAUAUGCAAAAAGUAAUGUUGUUAUUGGCCAAUUGUUAGGAAUGGCUGAUAAUUUAACUUAUGAUUUGGUUAAUAAUCGUGGUGCUAAAAACAUUAUUAAAUACGUUCCAUGGGGUCCACCUCGUGAGACAAAAGAUUACUUAUUAAGAAGGUUACAGGAAAACGGUGACGCUGUUAGAAAUGAUAACGGUUGGCCAUUACUUAAGAACAUUAUGAAGAGCUUCUUUGAGUAG